AUGUCGAGCCGCUCCGACGAUUCAUUGGAUUCACUUUUUCAUUACGAGCCGAGCCGCGUAGAUGCCGAGGCGAGAGGUGCGACAGAAUCCUCCGAGACGUCUGUUUCACCGAGCCCUUCCAAUCGUUCAUCUGACGAGGCGUCAAAUCAUGCAAAUCCGUCAGAUGUCGGCUCUCCGGAUGACGAGCCAUCGGUUUCGACGAGCCAUCCCCAGGAUCCCGUUCCUGAUGAAGACAUUAAUCACGCCGCACUUAAAACCGAGGAGGAGGCGUUUCCCUUUGACCUUUUCGAGGCGAAGCGUGAAUUGGAACGUCUCAUGGCGUCCAGAGGCGUUUCCACAUCUGGGCGAGGGCCACGAGUUAAGAGACAAAAACCUGACCCGCCUGGCUCUACGCUUUGCUCCCUUGAGUCGCUCGAGGCGUUGAGGCAUCGCUUCGGGAUAUCCGAGGUGGUGGAGUUCGUCGUUCCAGAGAAGAGCGACCGAGCCGACAAGCCUCCAGAGAAUCACUUCACUCUGUACGAGGCGUUCUUCGAGCUUUGCUUUCUCUGGUUCCCGAUCCCCGGGGUGAUCCUUGAAUAUCUCUGGAAACACGGGAUCUUGAUUGGGAAAGCUUUGAAAGGAAAUAGAUUCUAUAUUUCCAACAAGGCGAAGCGACGGAUCAUAGGCGGUUUUCCCAGCAAGGAUCAGUUUUGGACUGAACGCUUCUUCUACGUCUUGGUGAACGCGGCGUCGGUCGGCACGUUCAAAAAACCAAGACCGCUUGGGGACCACUUGGUAGCCGACCCGAAGCUUUGCCUCGGCUCGGAACUGUUUUUUGUUCGGUGCUUUCUUCCCCCGAUUCCCGACGACCUCUUUGUUGUUCGAGACUCUCUUUCGGCUCGGAAGGUCAAUUGGAGGAAGAAUUUCACCCUCGAGAGAGUAGAGAAAGCCCGAGCUAUCCUUGCCGGAGUCCCUGUCAGUUCUUCAUCUUCCAUCUCCUCAAGGGAUACACGAGAGAAAAUGGUGAUAAUCGCUCUGAGAGAUAGGAAGAGGCGUGAAGAAGAGGCGGCUGCGAGACGAGCUGCCGAGGCGGCUCAAGCGCAGACCGAGGCGGUUCCAGGGCAAACCGAGGCCAUCCCUCAACCUGACCCGCCGAGCCGGGAAGGAGGCGAAAUGGUCCGAGCCGCUGAAGGCAACACCGCUGAGGCGGUCGAGACAGAUGCAGCGCCCGAGGUGGAACCAGCGGUGCGGAGCAAAACUCCUUCGAACUCCGCCAUUUUAGCCCUCCCGAAGUCGACGAGGCCCCCGACUUCAGUUGUUCAGAAACAUGACUCGAGCCGAAAACGUUCGGCCGCUGACAAGGGGAAGGGCGUUGCUGUUCAGAAGGACGAGCCGUCCAAGAAGAGGCGGAAGCCGACGCCUGGGGACCCCGCCGUGCGCAAGUUGGUCGUUGACGACCCCGACGCCUCCGCCGUCAUGUUCUCGCGUGUAAAAAACGCGAACACGCGUUUUCCUCCUCCAGAGAAGCUGAGGAGGCCGAGGUCAUACGGCGCGAUGGCACAGCGCGGUACCAAGUUUGUUGCGGCCAUUAACGACCUGAUGGCCGAGUACGAGGCGGACCUGUCUAAGGUCGAACGUCGCUUGGACAAGGCCCGAAAUGAGACCGCGGCGUCAAGGGCAAAGCUGGAAGAGGCUCAGAACGAAGCCACGGCGGCAAAGGGGAAACUUGACGAGGCAAUGUCCAGAGUGUCGAGGCUGGAAGAGGAGAAGAUAGUUCUCCGCGCCAACGUUGACAAAGUUUCUGCCUCGGUGAUUCGCCUGGAGGAGGCAAGGAGAGCCAAAAGCGCCGAGGUGGCGUUGCUCAAAAGGCGUAUUGAGGCCAAGGAUGCUCUGUUCGAAGCCAAGGUUAAACGUGCGAAGAAGGAGGCGAGGCGAGAGCUGACCGCUAAGUUUCAGGAGCGCCUCGCCAAAGUAGAGGAGGGUCUGGCCAAGCUCGAGAAGGCCAAAAACGACGAGAACGAUAUGGGGCAAAUCAAGGGCAACCUUGCGAUGAUUGUCGUCAUGAAGAAACCAGACGCCCCAACGCUCGAUGAUGAGGAGGCGCAGCUAAAGAGCUGGGAGAGCAAAUAUGCUGACGACGACGCGUAUGAGCGCAUUGCCUCCGAGAUUCAAGGCGAGCUGGUUUUCUCGCCCGUAUCGCCGGACUCGGUCGACACCAGCCUUGGUAACGAGCCGCUCGAAGAGACAGCGGCCAACUUAGGCGUCGUAGAUCCAAAUGGAUCGAACGCGGGUACGCCGGUCCUCUCGAACCUCCUUGCCGAGCGUGAAACGCGGUGCGCGGCCUGA